CUCGACGCGGAGGUUCAUUUUCUGUCUGUGCACGCUGAGCCAGCGCUUUAUUUCAAAUGAAGCGUCCUCUCAUUCCGCUAAUAAGUUUCUAUACGUGAUAUAACAGCUGUCUUCGCCAUGAGCUGCUUGGAUGUCAUGUAUCAAGUUUAUGGUCCACCUCAGCCUUAUUUUACCACAGCAUACACACCAUAUCACCAUCAGAAACUAGCAUUUUACUCGAAAAUGCAAGAAUCCCCAGAAACAGUGAGCGGAAGCAGCUCUUCUUUUUCUAAUCUCUCCGGGCCACCUAUAAAAGAGGAGGACUGCGCCCGGGAGAAAGAUCACCCACCGGAGGCUGAGUACAUCAGCUCCAGGUGUGUGCUAUUCACGUAUUUCCAAGGGGACAUCAGUUCGGUGGUGGAUGAACAUUUUAGUCGGGCUUUGAGUCAGUCCAGUAGUUACACACCUGGAUCCACCAACAGCAAGACCGCAAGAGGUGCAUCGUCCUGGAGAGACGGAUCAUUCCCUAUGAGCCAGAGAAGCUUCCCUCCCUCUUUCUGGAACAGUGCAUAUCAGCCGUCGGUCACAGCAUCUCUCAGCAGCACCCUGGGUUCCUCUCACACAGAUCUUCCCUUCCCAGCUGACCCAUACUCCACCGCAUCUCUACACAGCCACCUUCACCAAACCACCCCAGAGCCCUGGCACCCCUCUCACCACCAUCACCCUUACUCGCUCAGUGGAGCCAUCGGCACCCAGGGGUCUGCUUACCCCCGGCCCUCCAUGCACGACAUGUACGGAACGCACUUUGACCCCCGUUACAGCUCUCUGCUCAUGCCCUCGGUGCGGCCGCAUAGACAUCCUCCAGCCACUGUUCCUGCACCUGGAGCCUCGCCAUGCGAGAUCAGCAAGAGUGAGCCAGGCAGCUCGGCGUGGACCGGAGCUUUCACAGCGGCCAGCUCUGAUAUGAGUCUGAACAUGGAUCCAGGUCUACAGAGCCAGGAUAAGAGCAAGGACUUGUACUGGUUUUAGUGGCCUGUGGCCGCUUCUUUCUCCGCUGGCUUGUCUUUCUCUGGCUUUUCUGUAACAGAUUCUCGUCUCACUUGCAGUUCGGCGCUACACCCUCUGCAGCGGGACCAUCCUAAGCUGAACUCUUCGGAUGAAUGCAAAACUCUCUCUCAAAGAGAAAAGACUGAAAAGAGGAGCAAGCAUGCUGCUCUCGCCCCUUCCCUCCCCUGACCCUCAGUGAAACUGACCCAAAAUAAGAUUUUAACAAAGGACAAAUGUUACUUCAAAGGGACGAAACUUACAGAAAAACGGACUGUCUAGAAAUGACAUAGUUUCUGAUGCGAGAGCAGCAUUCCCUAUCAUCUCUGAAGACAGAGAGUGGCUAUUUGAAGCCACUUGACUCUAUCUAUAUUGCUUUCAGCACCUGUCACCGACAACUGUUGUGGAACUUAGCAGACGCACACACAACGGCACUGUGCGCCCUGGAUUUCAUUAAACAGGCGUUUUGUUGUAUCUGGACUCGUGCGGCGAAAGGGAACAACUGGUUUGGCUUUUCAUUUGUUUCUGAGGAGUGGUGUGGGUUUUACUGGAAGUAGAUACAAACACCAUUACGCUGUGCUGUAUAUACUUUAUGUGUCUUAUAUGUGUAUCUAGUAGCAAACAGCAUGACAGAAAUAUUGAUUCUUUCAUUUGUACUUUUUUAACAACCCCUUUCAGUCACCUUCAGCCUAUAGGGUGACGUCUCACCACGGUGUAUUUGAAUGUAUGACAUGUAAUAUAUUACCUUUCAAAGUAUUUUUCCAGUGCAUUGAGGAGAAUGAGGUGUUGUCUGUUUUUAAUCAGUUGUCUUCAUCCUAUGAAACAAAAAUGGAAAUAAAACCAGGCGAUACACAC